GUUACAAUUACAAAUGAUCAAUUUAGUUUCCAAAACCAAAAUUUUUCCUAUUUUUUCUAAUCAUAAUCAUGAAUUCAGAUCAAUUUGGUCAAGAGACAAUGUUUUGUUCCCUUCUCCCAGGGGACAUUGUCAUAGAAAUUCUCUUAAGGCUUCCAAUAAAGUCGUUGUCACGAUUCAAAUCUGUAUCAAAACCCUUUUGUUCUUUAAUCAAGAACCCUAAUUUUAUCUCCAAACAUUACGCGAAAAUUACUCAAGAAACACCACCCCAUAUCCUAAUUAUGGGUCGUCAUCAUAAAACUCUUGAAGUAACGUUACGUUUAAUUAAUUCCCUAACUAUACAUCGCGAUAUCAUUACACCUCCUCUUCAUUUCCACGUGCCAUUUGGCAUGACAUCUGAAAAAACAAGAAUCGUUGGGUCAGCCAACGGUUUAGUAUGUCUGAAUCUGAAUAAUCAUAAUGGUGUCGCGAUUGUUAUAUGGAAUCCAGCUAUUAAAAAAUUCAAACCAGUUCCAAAAUCUCCAUAUGUCUCAACCCUAGGUAAACUCACUAUAACGGAUUUAGGGUUUGGUUAUAACCCUAGAAACAACGAUUACAUGAUCGUUAGACUUCUAAACGUUGCUACGUCUAGAAGGAAGUAUGAGGUUGAAAUUUACACGUUGAGUACAAAUUCUUGGAGAAAAAUAACGAGUGAUGGACGUGUUUUACUAGUUAUACGACCAUUCUGGAAGCCAAUGGCUCCCGGAAUGAUCGUAGUAAAAGGUGUAGCUUAUUGGGUUGGUGUUGAAGUUAGAAAUGAAGAAAUGUGUAGUGUUGUUGUUUCUUUAGAAAUGAAUAGUGAGAAAUUGAAAUUUAUUUUGCCACCAAUUGAACAUCAUGGUAUUGUGGUUGACCUAAGGGAAGCAAUAACCCUAAGACUUUUUAAUUUAAAUGAAUCAUUGGCUUUGAUUUAUUCAACAAAUCUUGAAAAAGUUGAUAUAUGGAUGAAUAAUGGAUUUGAUUUAUGGGUGUUAGAUGAUAAAAUAAAGAGUUGGAGUAAAAAGUUUAAAGUUGAACCAAUUCAAGGGUUUUUAUUAGAAAGUGGAUUUUGGGAAAAUUCUAAGGCAAUGGUUGCACAAGAGAGAAAAGAAAUGCGUUAUGAUGAAAAUGGAGAUUAUGUUUAUACAAAAGGUGAGACUAAUUUAUAUUUGUAUGAUGUUAUUAAAGGUGAUUUUGAGAUUAUUGAAAAUCAUGAACUACGUGCACCAUUUCAAGGUUAUAGUUAUUUGGAGAGUUUAGUUGAUGUGAAUGGAGGAGUUGAUGUUACAAAGGGGGUUGAUUUGUCAAGGUUUUUGGAUUUUGAUCCUUUACUUUUUUGA